AUGGCUGAAAGUGAUGGGCAAGAAAAGGCACAAUGGAUUACAACAGUAAUCAUGAGUUCCUCUCUUCAGGGUCAUGAAAUUUCAGCAUCUCUUAAAAACCAACAACAUCGAAUUCGUUAUUCAGAUUCAGUGGAAAUUGGAUCAAUUAUUUUCUCCCUUUCAGGUGUUGCAUUUUUAUUGGCUGAUGUUCAAGAUUUGUUUCUCACAAACAGAGAACCAUUCUUUGACAAAAUAAAGAAGUUCAUGACGAUUCACAGGAAUGGAUUUUUGUUGUUGUCAGCUGCCCUUCAUGGAUCAAAAGAAUGGGAUGUAAUGUUCAGAAUUCAGCAGAGAUUCCUGGGCAGCAAUUUACGAAUAAUCCCCGUCCACAAUACUGCUGAAGCUGUUAAACUUAUGCUGACUGUUGCAAAGACCACAUCAAAACCACACGUGGACAGCGUUCGCUAUAGAAUGCUAAUGGCAAAAACACAGAUUGUAGAACAAAGCCCGGUUUGGAAAAUGCUUCAUCAGAGCCAACUUGAUUGUAGCUUAUUAAACACUAGUUAA